CAGCAGCUAAGCUACAGCAGCAGGGCCUGGAGCCUCUGCUUUGGGGUGGUUCUGCAUCCUGCGGCUGCCUGCUUGCCACAACUGGGAAGACCGUGAGCAAGAAGGCAAGCCCUGGAAGGACAGCACCAUGUCUCUGAGCAGCGCCUUCAGAGCUGUGGGCAACGAGCCCGGGAUCAUCACCUGGAGAAUAGAGAAAAUGGAGCUGGCACUGGUGCCCCUGAAUGCCCACGGCAACUUCUACGAGGGGGACUGCUACGUCGUCCUCUCGACCCAGAGAGCAGGCAGUAUCCUCUCCCAGAACAUCCACUUCUGGAUCGGGAAGGACUCCUCCCAGGAUGAGCAGAGCUGUGCAGCCAUCUACACCACCCAGCUGGAUGACUACCUGGGAGGCAGCCCCGUGCAGCACCGAGAGGUCCAGUACCAUGAGUCUGACACCUUCCGAGGCUACUUCAGGCAGGGCAUCGUCUACAAGAAGGGGGGUGUGGCCUCUGGAAUGAAGCACGUGGAGACUAACACCUACGAUGUGAAACGGCUGCUACAUGUUAAAGGGAGGAGAAACAUCAGGGCCACCGAGGUGGACAUGAGCUGGGACAGUUUUAACCGAGGUGAUGUCUUCUUGCUGGACCUGGGGAUGGUCCUCAUCCAGUGGAACGGCCCAGAGAGCAACAGCAGGGAGCGUCUGAAGGCUAUGCUUCUGGCAAAGGAUAUUCGGGACAGAGAGCGAGGCGGCCGUGCUGAGAUAGGCGUGAUUGAGGGUGACAAGGAGGCAGAGAGCCCUGGGCUGAUGAAGGUCCUUCAGGACACCCUCGGCCAACGCGCCAUUAUCAAGCCUGCAGUCCCCGAGGAGGUCAUCGAUCAGCGGCAGAAGUCAAACAUCACGUUGUACCAUGUGUCAGACUCAUCUGGGCUGCUGGCAGUCACAGAGGUAGCAGUGAGACCUCUGGUCCAGGACUUACUGAACCACGAUGACUGCUACAUCCUGGACCAAGGUGGAACCAAGAUCUACGUGUGGAAAGGAAAAGGAGCCACGAAGGUUGAGAGACAGGCGGCUAUGUCUAAAGCCCUGGGCUUCAUCAAGAUGAAGGGCUACCCCAGCAGCACCAACGUGGAGACAGUCAACGAUGGUGCUGAGUCAGCUAUGUUCAAGCAACUGUUCCAGAAGUGGUCAGUGAAGGACCAGAGCAUGGGCCUGGGGAAAACAUUCACCGUUGGUAAAAUUGCCAAAGUUUUCCAGGAUAAGUUUGAUGUGAGUCUGCUGCACACCAAGCCAGAGGUAGCCGCCCAGGAAAGAAUGGUGGAUGACGGCAAUGGGAAAGUUGAGGUCUGGAGAAUAGAGAACUUAGAGCUGGUCCCUGUGGAGCGUAAGUGGUAUGGCUUCUUCUACGGGGGAGACUGUUAUCUGGUCCUCUACACGUACGAGGUGACUGGGAAGCCAUGUUACAACCUGUACAUCUGGCAGGGCCGCCACGCCUCCCAGGAUGAGCUGGCAGCAUCAGCAUACCAGGCGGUGAAAGUGGAUGGGCAGUUUGGGGGCGCCGCUGUGCAGGUCCGGGUCAGCAUGGGGAAGGAGCCACGCCAUUUCAUGGCCAUCUUCAAGGGGAAGCUGGUUAUCUUUGAGGGUGGGACUUCCAGGAAGGGGAAUGCCGAGCCAGAUCCUCCAGUAAGACUUUUCCAGAUUCAAGGAAAUGACAGAUCUAACACCAAAGCAGUGGAGGUUCCAGCCUUUGCCUCCUCCCUGAACUCCAAUGACGUCUUCCUGCUGCAGACUCAGGCAGAGCACUACCUGUGGUAUGGCAAGGGCUGUAGUGGGGACGAGCGGGCAAUGGCUAAAGAGCUGGCUGGGUUUCUCUGUGACCACACCGAGAACGCUGUGGCUGAGGGCCAGGAGCCAGCUGAGUUCUGGGACCUGCUGGGAGGGAAGACUCCCUAUGCCAAUGAUAAAAGGCUACAGCAGGAAAUCCUAGAUGUCCAGUCCCGUCUCUUUGAAUGUUCCAAUAAGACUGGCCGGUUCAUUGUCACUGAGAUCACAGACUUCACCCAGGAUGACCUGAACCCAGGUGAUGUGAUGCUCCUAGAUACUUGGGACCAGGUGUUCUUGUGGAUUGGGGCAGAGGCCAACGUCACAGAGAAGGAGCGGGCCCUUGCCACAGCCCAGGAGUACCUGCACACCCACCCCAGCGGCCGAGACACCAACACACCCAUCCUGAUCAUUAAACAGGGGUUUGAGCCUCCCAUCUUCACGGGCUGGUUCCUGGCCUGGGAUCCUCACAUUUGGAGCGCAGGAAAAUCAUAUGAACAAUUAAAAGAAGAGCUUGGAGAUACUGUUGCUAUCAUGCAGAUCACUGCUGACAUGAAGAAUGCCACCCUCUCCCUGAAUCCUGACAGUGAGCCAAAAUAUUACCCCAUAGAAGUUCUGUUGAAAAACCAGAAUCAGGAGCUGCCUGAGGAUGUGAACCCUGCCAAAAAGGAGAAUCACCUCUCUGAACAGGACUUUGUGUCUGUGUUUGGCAUCACCAGAGGGCAAUUUGCUGUUCUGCCUGGCUGGAAACAGCUCCAACUGAAGAAAGAAAAGGGGCUUUUCUAAGGCAAAAAAGACACAUGCCCAUUGCAAGACCAUGCAAGAGAGCGCACAGUGCCGUAUCAGGAAGGAACUGACCUGCCAAUUUCUGUCCGACAUCCAGCUACUUCAUUUAGAUACAGUGAUCUGCAAAUCAUGGCAUGUUCUCCCAUUUUUCCCAUCCUUGCACUCCUUAGUUGUUAUAUACUUAACAUGUUAACCACCUGCAUUUGGGGCUUUGUGGACUUCUACCUAAAGGUUCAGAAGGAAGCACUAAAACUGCAUGAAUCUGGGGAAGUUCAAAGACAGACAAUCAAAACACUGAGAUGAAAUGUUUAAUAUUGUACCAGGACCUACAUUUGUUUUAGAUUUUAAGACUGGUACUUCUAAAACCUAUUUAACUGCAAAUCACUGAAAUCACAUAUACACUCCAAGGUCAAAAUCCAAAUGCCCACAUCUGUUAUGUGCCACAGCAUUUUUAACUUUUCAAAUAAAGGUACCUGUAAUGAGCAAAUGGAGUUCUUUUCAGUAUUUGGGGUUUGCUUGUCACACACACUAUAUAUAUAUUUUUAGGCUGGAGUGCAGUGGUGCACAUAGCUUGCUAUAACCCCAAACUCCUGCCUCACUCCUGUAAUAGAUGUAUAUACUGCCAUGCUUGACUAGCUUUUAAAAUUUUUGGUAGAGACAGGAUCUUACUACAUUGCCCAGGCUUGUCUUGGUCUUAAACUCCUGGCUCAAGCAAUCCUUUUGCCUCAGCCUCCCAAAGUGCUGGGAUUACAGGUAUGAGCCACCUCGACUGGCCUGUUUUGGUAAUUUUAUGUUAUGCUGGGAGCAAUGUUUCCAUACUGGGGAAGGAAAUGCUGAGUGGACUCUCUGGAUAACUGGGACGCUCUAAUUCUCGUUUCUAGCACAAGAAUGUCAAAAUCUGCCUUACAGCUAUCCAGGAAACUUCAGUACCCAUCCACCCACACUCUAUUAUCCAAAAGAGAAAUAGAGCCAUGUGUUAUUAAUUUCAGUGAGUCCAGAACCAGGAUUCCACGGCAGAACACCCUCACACCAUGCUACAGAGAUCAACAAAUUAACCCACAUUUUUCAGGCAACUCUGUUUGAAUUAAUAAUUCUGAAGAAAUCCAUAUAGCAGAAGUAAUGUAAGCAGGGAACUUCCAGGCCAAAAGCUGAGUUCAAAGUGUCACGUAGUAAAAGCAGAACAAUAGAGUUCCAAGUCACAGAAGGAGUAACAUAGAAUGUUUAAGUUAGAAGUUUCAAGAGUACAGCUGGCCGUGGUGACUCACACCUGUGAUCCCAACACUCUAGGAAGCCAAGGCAGGAGAACGGCUUGAGGUCAGGAGUUUGUGAGCAGCUUCAGCAAGAGCAAGACCCCAUCUCUAUUAAAAAUAGAAAAGUUGGGCGGCGCCUGUGGCUCAGUGAGUAGGGCGCCGGCCCCAUAUGCCGAGGGUAGCAGGUUCAAACCCAGCCUCGGC